AUGGCUACAGUCUCAGGGGAUGAUGGCCCAACGGCGCCGGCGCCUCCAGUAGUCAAUGACACAGCGGCGACGCCCGCAGCCAAGGCAGAGAAGCCACUUCCAAAGCUCACGCCCGCUGAAUUUCGCCAAUACAACAGAAUGGCGGAACACAUGGAUUAUUUCCAUUCAAACUUCAGGGCCACGUGGAAAGUGCUCUACGGUGCCUGUGAAUCGCUGAAAAGACCAAAGAACAUGUCUAUCCGCCAGUUCAUCAAUACAGGCCAGCAAUUCUGCCAAGAACAGCACAUAUUCCCCAUUCUAGCCAAAAAGAUGCCAGCCUUCAAAAAGGAACUGGAACUCUUGACCCAGCAUAAACAGAUCCACGUUGGUCUCGACAAGCUAGAAAAGUAUCUCGAGGAGUGUGGGAGUGGAGAAAGAGAACUCCGCUUGGGAGAGAUGAAGGAAAUUCUCGAUAGCUUUGGAACAGUCUUAUGGCAGCACUUGGACGACGAGGUGAAACAGUUGGAAGCGGAGAACAUGCGCAAAUACUGGACUUUGGAGGAGAUGAGGAGAAUUCCUAUGUAG